AUGGACUCCCUCCCUAUUAUUGACCUGUCGAUAAAGCAGAACCCCGCAACCAUUUCCAGGUUGCGACAAGCACUACUUAAAUACGGCGCUUUUCGCUUAUGGGCCCCCGAACUGAAGCAGGCGGUUGCUGGAGGCUUAUUGCGCGAUGCCCGGAACUUCUUCCAGCUCCCCAGUGUAAUAAAACAAAGAACCCAGGGGUAUUCAGGUUUUGGUACGGAGCUUAUUCGUGGAACUACGCCAAUACCAAAGGAAGGCAUCAAUUUCUUUCGGACCAACGACCAGCGAGAAGGCCGUAUUCCUCCCCCUGCCGAGUUUUUUCGCUCUGUCACAGCACUGCACGAUGUAGGAACUCCCGUCCGCCUCCCCCAAACAGCAAACGCUCGAGCUAACACGAUCUUUUGUGACGUUCUCGAAUCGGAGAUAGAUUUGACGGGGACUCCCCUCCUUGACUAUGAGUCUGUGGGCAUACAAUACUAUAACUCGCAACGGAUGAUCGUUGAGGGUGGCGAUUAUUCCCCUCCGCAUAUGGACGGCGGCACACUGGCGAUAUUGAUUCGGGAGGAUGACGAUGGUGACGGCUUAGAAGUCGCCGACCUUGAAUCCACGGAGGAGCUAAGCAGCGACGGUGUAGGUCGCGAGGCGUCUUUUUUGCGUGUUCCUGCGGCUCCAAAUGAAGUGGUUGUAUUGGCAGGAACUCGAUUGCAACGUCUACUGGGGAGAACCAAGGUUCGUGCCUGCGUGCACCGAGUGGUUGGCCCAGGCCAGAAACACAGCGCAGAAGAUCGGGUAAGCGUUGGAAUCUUCCGUGCUUGUGCUCCUCAUCCCGCUUAG